GUUGUCUUCUCCGCUGAACUCCGGGAGCGGCCGUGCUUCUCGGCUCCUGCCCCGGCAGCCCCAGGGUGGAGCGGGGAGAUGGUCUCCAGAGCUGCCGAUCGACUGCUGAUCGUCGUCUCCGUCCUGGAAGGGCGCUAUUUUCCGAAACGACCCAAGCACGUACUUAUAGUUGAAGCGAAGUUUGAUGGUGAGCAGUUGGCUACUGAUCCUGUAGAGCAUACAGAUCAGCCAGAAUUUGCUACAGAGUUGGCGUGGGAACUUGAUAGGAAAGCACUUCAUCAGCACAGGCUGCAGCGUACACCUAUCAAACUCCAAUGUUUUGCACUCGAUACUGUAUCUUCAGCUAAAGAGAAUAUAGGCUAUAUUGUACUUGAUUUAAGGGCUGUACAGGAAAAGAAACAGGCACCAAAAUGGUAUCCUCUGCUUAGUAACAAGUACACUAAAUUUAAAUCUGAAAUACAAGUAGGUGUUGUUUUGGAGAUUGAUUCAAAAGCACUGGUUGAUGGGUUUAAAGCAAAGGAGGCACCCCCUAGAGAAGGGAAGGCAUCUGCCCUUCUUUCUGGACUAGACCCUAAAAGUAUUGUACCAGUCUUGAAUGAAGAAGAGGGCUAUCAUCAAAUUGGACCAGCAGAAUAUUGCAGAGAAUACUUUGUCUUGUCUGUAACCAUUGUGUUUGCCGCACAGUUGGAACAGUUAGUUCCUAGUACAAUGAGGCUUCCUGAACGACAGCCUGAGUUUUUCUUCUACUACUCCUUACUGGGAAAUGAUGUCACAAAUGAACCUUUCACUGAUUUAAUUAAUUCAAACUUUGAGCCAGAAAGAGCUUCAGUUCGAAUACGUAGUACAGCUGAUGUCCUUCAAGUUUAUCUUUGUUCACAGUCAAAAUUGCAGAUCCAUCUUUGCUGUGGGGACCAAUCUCUCGGAAGCACUGAAAUACCCCUGUCUGGACUACUGAAGAAAGGAAAUGUGGAGAUUGAUCAACACCCUGUGGCAAUAGAAGGAGCGUUUGUUCUUGUUCCACCAAAUAGAGCUAAACAGAAACUGCCACAGUUGCCUUUGGAUAUGGCUCCUACUGUUGGGGUAUCUGUAAUUCUGCAAAAGGAGAGCUUGAGUGCCCAGCCUUUGAUUCCCUUAAAUGCUCCAACUGAAUGUAAAGAGCCACAGGAGAAAGUUCUUUCACCUACUAGUGGGAAAACGGAGAGCCUGCAGCAGAGAUUCCAGAAAGUCCCAUAUCAAGCUGAACACUGUUCUCCAACAGAAGAUGAAGCAACAGCAAGUGAAGUGCAAAGCCUUAAACUUGAAAAAGGCACAAAACUAAAGAAAAAGGGGCUGGUGGCUGAGUCUUGCCAAGAGGUUAACAAGCAGCAUACUGAAGAGCUUCAAAUUUUCAAAUCAGAGAGCAGAGCAAAGUCACCUGUACUGUCAGAUCUGCAAAAUUCCACCAAUAAUGGUCCAGUAGCUGCAUCUCAACACAACCUUGUGGGUGCAUCCAGUUCUUCUGAGCCUGUGUCAGCACAGAAAAUUGUCAUUCCAGCAGCCUCUCACCAUUUUUGCUUUUCAAUAGACUUACGAAGUCUACGUGGUCUGGAAGUUGGUUUUCCAAUAAACUGCAUUUUAAGGUACUCAUAUCCAUUUUUUGGCAGUGCAGCACCUAUUAUGACAAGCCCUCCUGUAGAAGUCAGAAAGAACAUGGAAGUCUUUCUUCCACAGUCCUACUGUGCAUUUGACUUUGCAACUAUACCUCAUCAGCUUCAAGAUACGUUCUUCAGAUUACCUCUUCUGGUUGAAUUGUGGCACAAGGAUAAAACAGCUAAAGACUUACUUCUAGGGAUGGCAAGACUUCAACUUUCAAAUGUUUUUGCUUCAGAAAAAACACGAUUCUUGGGUAAUGGUGAACAAUGCUGGCGUCAGACUUGUAAUGAAACAGUCAGUGUCACAGAAGCACAAGGGUCAGGCAACAGAAUAGCAGAGCUUUCAUAUGCUAUCACUUUGGAAGACUACGGGCUUGUGAAAAUGCAGGAAGUUCUGGUGUCAGAUUCUUCUCAAUGUGUAGGCGCUGGUCCACAGCGGCAUGUCCCUCCCAUUCAGCCUCAUUGCGCCCCAGAAAGUCAUCCAGAACCUCGAGAAACUCUUGAAUACAAAGCAGCACUGGAGUUAGAAAUGUGGAAGGAAAUGCAAGAGGACAUUUUUGAAAAUCAGCUUAAAAAGAAGGAAAUGGCCCAUAUGCAAGCACUUGCAGAAGAAUGGAAGAAAAGAGAUAGAGAGAGAGAAUCAUUAGUGAAGAAAAAGGUAGCAGAAUAUACUGUUUUGGAAGAACAACUUCAGAAAACCCUGAGAGAUCUAGAUAAACGAGAACGACAGCUUUUUAGUGCUGAAUCAGAGCUUCAAAGAGUAAAGAAGGAGUUGCAAGCAGAGCAUGAACGAAAUCUGCAGGAGCUACAGGAUUCUGUGCGGCGAGCCAGAGAAGAAUGUGCACACCAGGUUGAGCUAGAAAGGUCAAAAAUCAAACAGCUGGAAGAAGACAAGCUUCGCUUACAACAGCAGCUUUAUGAAGCAGAAAAUAAGCAUAAAAUUUUGGAGAAGGAGUUCCAGCAAUACAAAGAACAGCAAAGCAGAAAACCAGAAAUCCAGCUACAAUCAGAAAUAAAUCUUGUGACUUUAGAAAAGGUUGAACUUGAAAGAAAGUUGGAAUCAGCUACCAAGUCAAAGCUCCACUACAAACAACAAUGGACAAGGGCUUUGAAAGAACUUGCAAGGUUAAAACAGCGUGAACAAGAAAAUGCAAUGGCUCACCUUAAAAAGCAGCAACAAGAGUUGGAGCACAUGAGGUUGCGCUAUUUGGCAGCAGAAGAAAAAGAGCUGGGGAAAACAGACCGACAGGAGCUGGAGGAUAUCAGAAAUGAACUUAACAGGCUAAAGCAACAAGAAGAAGAAAGAAAGCAGUUGCAAGAUGUUAGAGAUAAUUCUUCUGGUAGAGUGGAUAGUCUUCAUUCUAGAAAAUUAAAUGAGAACAUGGAUGAUUAUCUCUCUCGUCUGAUAGAAGAGAGGGAUACCCUGUUGAGAACAGGUGUAUAUAAUCAUGAAGACCAUAUUGUAAGUGAACUUGAUCGUCAAAUCAGAGAAGCUAUUGCAAAAAGGAACAUCACUAAAUGAAAACACUUGUUUAAAAGAGCCAAAAUUUGAACAGUGAGUGAUUUUUAUAAACCUGUACUACUUUGCAAAAUAUGUUAAGGUCAUGCUUAAUUUCGCACCCUAUUGUUAGCUCUUGAAAUCAGUGUAAAUAUUUGGAAUGUGAGGUUAAGCACAGUUCUAAGUUUUAUGGAUGUGAUAGCCAUUUUUAAUGUUUUUAUACUCAUGUAUAUAUAUGUAAAUAUAUUUAUCUUCUGAAAUGUUUACUACCUCUUUUUGCAUCACUCUGGCUAGGUUUAUUUGUAAUAUUUUUAAUAUUCAUUCUAAGAUUCUUUGGUCAUUAUUACCAUAAUUUCUAUUUUUAAAAAAGAUGUCUUUAGUUAUGGUAGGGAAAAGUGACAUCAGCAAUUUUCCCUGACAGAACUCUAAUUCUGAAGGUCAGCACUGACCAAAUGUCACUCUUUUACUAAAUCACAAGGUAAUCAAUUUUUGCUUUUCAAACUGGAGUUAACUAAGUUCUGUAGUAAAUAAGAGACAAGAUUUUGAGUGGGCGUUGGAGAACUCUCAAACCUUAUGAAACUGAAUCAAUUAAGUAAUUAGCCUGACUGUACAGGAUGAAAAUCCCGUUGUUCCUGUAGCAGUUUUGCACAUAAGGCCUCUAAGGGUGAACACAGGAGGGCAGAGACAUAGUUCAGAAAUAUACAUGCAUUCAUACAUCCAUCCCCAAAUAGGAAAGAUACUUGAAGCACUAAUUCAGUGAAAUUACACACUUUAAAUUCUGAAUGUAUACAUAAAACAAGAGCUUUGCUAAGUAAAGAUCUUUUCCUUAAUCAAGACCUAAACAUUUUGCAGUUACUUAACAUAUAUUUCAAAGCAUGUUAUCUCAUUACCACUUAAAUUGUAUGUAAGGUUUUGUUGGUGGAGGUAUGAACAAGGUGCAAGUCUCAAGGUGUUAAAUGCCAGAAGACAAAUCCACAACAAAUGUCAGUUUAUGCAUAAUGACAGCUGAAAAAGUUUUGGUUUCCAGCCUUCAUUCUAUUUCAGUAAUCUUAAAAUCAUUCAUGUCUGGAUCUAGCUGCUAACAUCAAUGUACAUCGCUGUCCUUUCAAUAGGCCUUUAGGCAUUUUUGACUGUCCUGUAGGCACAAAUGUUUCCUUUUUUUUAAUAAAAUCAGUGAGUUGCCAUGGAUAUGGCUGUAUACAUGUGGCCUUCCUGUUUUGUAUGGUAUUAAUUAUAAUUUUUUUAUAUUAUAUUGUAUCUGGCUUUGCCUCUAAGUGCAUUGUUUUUCCUACUAUUAGUUUAGGCUGCUUAGAAAAGUUUUAAACAAGCUGUAUAAACAGAGAUCAUAUUCUGUGAGGAAUUGUCACUUAUCAAUACCAGACUUUGUAAGAAAUGCUUUCAUAAUACUUUGCACGCUCUACUAUAUUUUUCAAAUUAGUGUGCUUAAAGAGAUCCCUCUUCAUUAGCAAAGCAGAUAACACCUUCAUAAAUCCAAUAAAAAUCCAUUAAAAGUAAUUUUACAAUUUUUUUAACAUCAUGGCUUUGUCAUGUCAUUGAUGCAUGAUCAUAUACAAUUAUUGUAAGUGAAUCAGGGAGCUUCUGUCUUGACAGGAAGACUUGCUCAUGCAGUUUUUCUUCACAUGCGUGCUCACUUGCUAGAAGAGUAGUUUCUUCUUCAAACACUGGAGGGUGCCUUAGACUUAAAGAUCAUAAAGAAUGUGGUACAAAAAUUUAGUGAACUGAUGGAUUUUUUUUGAACUGGUAUU